UGAGCAACUUCGUACAAGAAUUUAAAGAAUAUUAGCCGAAGUUAGUCGACAGAGCAACCUUCUAAACAGUCAGGUGUCACGAUGUCAUGACCCCGGGUUCAAAUGCGAUACGUUUGACGAUUACAUUUAAAAUUCCGAAAGUGUUUGUACAAAAUUUUCAGCAUCUUGAUCGCGAAUACCAUCAAAUGGGGACAUGUACACGAAAUCACAAUCUUAUAAUAGCUUUCGACUUUUCGUCUCGUGUGUGAAUCGCUUGUUCAAGUCCCGCAAUGACCAACAUCGGAUAUUCAAACGUUUCCUAUUCGUGCCGUUCAAGCCGCAACAGUGCAAAGUGCGUUUUCACCAUGAUGACCAGAAAGGCGGUCGUAAGAGCAAUAGGUACGACUACGUCUUGAACAUGAAUAACAGUCAGUACUUGGAUCACAUGUACCAGUUGUGGAGGAAAGAUCCGAAGUCCGUCAGCACAUCGUGGGAUUCCUAUUUUAGAUUAACUUAUGCUGAUAAUCUACCGGAGCCAAUAGCUUCCAGCUCACCGAAACUCUCCACCUCAUCGGGGUAUUCAUCAGCUUCUAACUUGACAACACCUUCGUCCACUCGAGUUGAAUUAUCUUCUAAUACGAAACCGUCAAAUUCUGCAUUAUCAGCAUCAAGUUCUCGAAAGAGUGCAGAAUCCAAUUCCAACGGUGACAUGCAAGGUGAACAAUUUAUAAAUGGAGCUCUUGAUAUUAAUGCCACGAUUCGAGCUUAUCAGGCACGUGGUCAUUUAAUAGCCGAUACCGAUCCACUGGGCAUACAAAAUCCAGAAUCGCAUAAGCUUCAAGGCACUUCUAAUUUACCACCCGCGAUCGUGGUGCGAGAACAUUUGAAAGGAAUGACCGAGGCUGACAUGGACAGAGAAUUUCCUCUUGCUCCAUUCACCGUGAUUGGUGGUCCUAAACGAAAUCUUCCUUUGCGCGAAAUACUAAUGAGAUUGAACCAAGUUUAUUGUGGUCAUUUAGGUCUCGAGUACACCUAUAUUCACGACCUUGUUGUAUUAGAUUGGUUGAGACAGAAGUUUGAAGUACCUGGAGCUUGGGAGUUACCAGCUGAUCAUAGAAAAUUCAUUUGGGUAAACAUUAUGAGAGCAGUAACGUUCGAAGGCUUUUUGGCGCGAAAAUUCCCCACUGAAAAAAGAUUCGGUUUGGAGGGCUCCGAAGCUUUCAUACCAUCGAUGAUACAGUGCUUAGAAACAUCAGCAGAAAAUGGAGUAGAAAGCGCUGUAAUAGGAAUGGCUCAUCGAGGACGGUUGAACACCUUGAUCAAUGUUUGUUUCAAACCACUGCAUCAACUUCUUACUCAGUUUCAUCCGAUUCCUUUGGAAGGUUUCGGUUCUGGUGACGUAAAGUAUCACUUGGGAACACACGCGGAAAGAAUUUUAGAAAGAUCCAAGAAGAAGAUUCUUAUUUCUAUGAUGGCUAAUCCGUCUCAUUUGGAAGCAAUCGAUCCUGUCGUGGUCGGUCGAGUUCGAGCCGAACAAGUGGAAAAGGACGAUGCUAAAUUUGGUAAGAAGUCUAUGGCUAUUUUGGUUCAUGGCGAUGCCGCCUUUUCGGGGCAAGGUGUCGUUUAUGAAACGAUGCAUUUAACUAAUUUGCCAAAUUACACGACUGGUGGUGUCCUUCAUCUUGUAAUUAACAAUCAGAUCGGUUUCACCACUGAUCCAAGAUAUUCCCGGUCCAGCGUUCAUUGCACGGACGUAGCACGUGUUGUAAAUGCUCCUAUAUUUCACAUGCAUGCUGACGAUCCUGAUUUAGUAGCUUAUUGUAGCAAAGUUGCUGCAGAGUAUAGGACAAUGUUCCACAACGACGUUGUUCUGGACAUCGUGGGAUAUCGAAGAUUCGGACACAACGAAUUGGACGAGCCGAUGCUUACGCAACCAUUAAUGUAUAAACGUAUAAAGACGCAUCCGAAUGUACUUACCAUUUAUACGGAAAAGUUGCUCAGAGAAGGAGUUAUUACCGAAGCGAUUGCAAAAGAAGAAACUGAAAAAUAUUUUGACUACUGCGAAACAGAGUUCGAAAAGGCGAAAACGAUAGAUUCGUUGCACUUGAGCGACUGGCACGAUAUACCAUGGUCUGACUUCUUUGCUAAUCAAAGUCCCAACAAUAAGAUACCAUCGACCGGUAUCGACAUGGAAACCAUGAAGACAAUUUGUAAAGCAAUAUCAACUCCUCCCAAAGAUAUCGAUUCUCAUAGUCAGGUGCUGAGGGUAAUGGACAAAAGAGCGCAGUUAAUGGAAGCUCGGCAAGCAGAUUGGGCGAUGGGCGAAUGCUUAGCGUUUCUCAGUCUGCUGAAAGAAGGUCACCACGUGAGGUUGUCCGGCGAGGACGUCGAGCGAGGCACCUUUUCUCACCGCAUUCACAUUAUUCACGAUCAAAACAAAGAUAAAACGUUCAAAAAUAUUCUGCACGAUGUGUUUCCGGGACAAGCAUUAUAUACGGUUUCUAAUUCUUCGUUGUCGGAAUAUGGUGUUUGCGGAUUCGAGUUAGGUUACUCGGCUUACAAUCAUAACACUUUGACGAUGUGGGAAGGCCAGUUUGGUGAUUUCGCAAAUACGUGUCAGGUUACUAUAGACACUCUUUUAUGCUCUGGUCAAUCGAAAUGGGGUAGACAAGUAGGAUUAGUUUUACUUUUGCCGCACGGACUGGAAGGUCAGGGGCCUGAACAUUCGUCUGCGAGGAUCGAGCGAUAUCUCGAGCUUUGCGACGACGAUUAUAUUUAUCUUCCGGGUACGGAACCGGGAGCACCCCAAGGAGAGACCGUGGAGCAAAUUAUGACACGGCAAUUAUUUGAAAUAAAUUGGAUCAUCUGCAACUUAACGACACCCGCGAACCUUUUCCAUGCUCUUCGUCGUCAGAUUCACAUGCCUUUCAGGAAACCACUGUGUAUUAUGACACCUAAAUCCUUGCUACGUCAUCCAAUGGCUCUAUCGUCUUUCUCCGAAAUGGAACCUGGCACAUCAUUUAGACCUAUCCUUUCGGAUCCUUUUGUCAAACCAGGUAACAUACAAAAGGUGUUGAUUUGUAGUGGAAAAGUGUAUUACGAUUUAGUCAAGGAACGUCAGGAGAAACAAUUGGAGGAUAAAAUAGUUAUCAUUCGUCUCGAACAAUUUUGUCCAUUCCCGUAUCAUCUACUCGCGGAAGAAGUAGCAAAGUAUCCGAAUUCUAAGAUAAUGUGGUUCCAAGAAGAACAUAAAAACCAAGGUGGAUAUACGUACGUGAGGGACAGGAUAGCAUUAGCUCUAGGGAAGAAGUUGGAAGAAAUAAUUUAUGGUGGUAGACCACCAUCGGCUGCUCCAGCAACUGGUAGCAAACUGAUUUACACGAAAGAGUAUAAUGAUAUGAUGGCAGAUGCUAUGAAUUUCUCUUGAGCUACAGUUAAUCAAACGCUAAACAAAAGAUAUGUCGUUCGCAAAGUGUAAAAAUAAAGCAGAGAAUGUACGAGAUGGCCAGAUAACAUAAAGUACGAAUGAAUGAUAAACAAUCAGAAUGAAUGUAUAUAUAUUCAACCGUAUAAUGAAUUUCUCCUUGACUUUCGUUUUCUCAGUUUGAAU